ACAUACCAUCUGAUGAGUUGUUCGGCUGUCAAAAAAACAAAUGUCAUAACAAUAAUUUAAUUUUCCAAAUGUUUGAAAUUGUUGUUCAUCCUUAAAUUUGUCUUAAUUUACUAUAAUGCUUACGUUGUGGAAUUUAUUCGAGGCUUCAUUGCUUUGCCUCAAUGCAGUAUGUGUACUUCACGAAGAGAGAUUUAUGCAAAAAAUGGGCUGGGGAGCCAACCAUCCAAACCAUGGAUUUGAAGAUCAGUCAUCGAUUAAAUUCCAAAUAUUAAACCUGGUUCGCUCAAUAAGAACAGUAACAAGAAUUCCACUUAUUAUACUAAAUAUCUUAACGAUAAUAUUCAAGCUGCUGUUGGGAUAGCAGGACUACGUAAUUUUAAAUAAAUAAUAAACAAAUGGCGAACAUGGAGAUUCAUAAGAGUUUUCCUUAUAUUAUAAGCAUUUUAUAUACAUUAUAAGAGUUUAAAAAUA